AUGAAAUUCCACACCUUUUCUCUUUUGUCAGUUCUCUUUUUCUGCCUUCAUCAGCAUGAGAACGAUGCCUCAUCAUCGACAACGGCAUCAGCAUCAUCUGCGACCGCAUGUGCAGAUACCGCGACAAAUUGCGCGCAGCUGUCCAACUUGUGCAAUGAUCGGACAUACACGCUAAUGUUGGAGGAGCAUUGCAAAAAGACGUGUGGCAGGUGCGUUGGAGGAUGUCAGGAUGCUAGCACAAGGUAAGAAUGUUGCCCAAAAAAAAGGGGUUAGUUUGUUGGUUCUACUAAACUUAAUUUCCCGUUACACAUUUCUCUAUAUUACCUUGUACCACCUUUAGAUGUGCCGCUUGGAACCGCAAUGGCUUCUGCCGGAACCAGUACUACACCAAUGCCGACAAGCGGCAAUAUUGCGCUAAUACGUGCGGUCUUUGCCCUUGA